CUACCAUCAUUUUUCUUUUUCUCAUUAAUAUUUCCUCCAUCAUGACUUCAAUUUGGCUAGUAGCUCUUGCAUUAGUUGCAAUAAUAUUCCUUGUGAAAGAAUUCAUGAAGAGAAAAAAACUUCCUCCUGGUCCAAUAGGGCUUCCACUUCUUGGAAAUCUUCAUAUGUUUGGUGAAAAUCUUCACCAAGAUCUUUAUAAAAUAGCCAAGAAAUAUGGUCCAAUAAUGACCAUAUAUUUUGGUCUUGUUCCUACUAUUAUUGCUUCCUCUCCUCAUGCAGCACAACAAUUCUUAAAACACCAUGACCAAAUUUUUGCUAGUAGACCAUACCAUGCAGCAUGUUAUUACAUUUUUUAUAAACAAAGAAAUUUGAUCAUGGGAAAGUACGGACCUUAUUGGAGACAUAUGCGUAAAUUAUGCACUCAACAAUUGUUAAGCAAUGUCAAGAUCAAUUCAUUUCAAUCUAUGAGGAAACAAGAGCUUCAAAUUCUUGUGAAUUUCCUCGAAAAAGCAGCUUCAAAUCGCGAUGUGGUUGAUCUUAGCGCUAAACUUGCAUCUCUUAGCGCUAACAUGGCUUGUCUUAUGGUAAUUGGAAAGAAAUAUAACAAUGUAGAUGGGGAUUUCAAAGAUAUGGUCAAAGAGACGUCGCGUAUGGCAGCAACGCCAAAUCUUGCUGAAUUAUUUCCCUUUCUUCGUUUUAUUGAUUUCCAGGGAUCGAUUCAUCGUAUGAAACAAAUAGCUAAGAGUUGUGAUGAAUUCUUGGAGAAUGUUAUUGAUGAACAUGCUCGACAAUAUUCGAGUGACCAGUCGAAAACUAGUACGGAUAUGGUUGAUACAUUGAUGGAAAUUAUGCAAUCUGGAGAAGCUGAAUUCGAGUUUGAUCGCAGGCAUGUCAAAGCUAUUUUGUUGGACUUGUUGGUAGCUUCAAUGGAUACUUCAUCAACAUCAAUUGAAUGGAUUUUAUCAGAACUUUUCAGACAUCCUAAUGUAAUGAAGAAACUUCAAAGUGAGUUGGAUUAUGUAGUUGGCCAAAAGGGGAUUGUAGAAGAAAAAGACCUAGAAAACCUAGAUUACUUAAACAUGGUCAUAAAAGAAGGAUUUAGGCUCCAUCCAGUUGCACCCUUAUUACUUCCACAUGAGUCAAUUGAAGAUUGCACACUUGAUGGAUUUCACAUACCUAAAGGAUCUCGAGUUUUGGUUAAUGUUUGGGCAAUCCGAAGAGAUCCAGAUGUUUGGCAUGAGCCUAAAAAGUUCAUACCAGAGUGGUUUGUUGAAAGUACUAUUGAUGUUCGAGGACAAAAUUUUCAACUUUUACCAUUUGGUUUUGGCAGAAGAAGUUGUCUUGGUUUACAGUUAGGGCUUACCAUUGUUCGUUUGGUGGUAGCUCAAUUAGUUCACUCCUUCGAUUGGGAGUUUCCAAAUGGUAUGAUGUCAAAUGAUAUUAACAUGACUGAGAAAUUUGGUUUGGUAACAGCUAGAGCUCUAUCUCUAAUGGCUAUUCCUAUUUAUCGAUUGCAUAAUAAGUAAAUGCACAUGUGAAAAUAAGUCAAAUAGUCACACUAUCUCUAAUGGCUAUUCCUAUUUAUCGAGUAAAAUGAA